AGAAAAAGUAAAAAAGACAACACAAAAACCAGCAGAGAACGAGGAGAAGAGGAGAGGAGGAGAAGGGCGAUGGAGAUGGGCGGCGAGGAGAUGAUGAUGACGUCGGGCGCCACGAGCCGGAUCGUGCCGGUCUUCCGCUCCGUGCUGUCCCGCCGCGCGCUGCUCCGCCUCGCCGUCGCGCUCCACUCGCUCUUCCUCUGGCUCCUCCUCCUCGUCAGCCGCCGCCGCCGCAGCCCCGACGCCGCCGAGCCCCGCCUCGGCAAGGCCAGGACCCGCCGCAGGGCCGCCGAGGAGGAGGACGUGCGCCGGCGCCGGGCCCUCGCGGAGGAGGUGCCCAUGGUCGAGGACGACGACGCGGAAGGGAGGACGUGCGGCACCUUCGUCAUCGCCGGGGCCCGGAGGAACGCGCUCUUCUGCCGCGUCUGGAAGCCGGCCGCCGCCGCCGAGAUGAGGGGCAUUUUGCUAAUCGUACAUGGGCUCAAUGAGCACAGUGGAAGAUAUUUGCAUUUUGCCGAGCAGCUGACAGCAUGUGGGUUUGGAGUAUAUGCAAUGGAUUGGAUAGGCCACGGUGGCAGCGAUGGUCUGCACGGUUAUGUGCCUUCACUAGAUUAUGUUAUAGAAGACAUGGAAGUACUUCUCGAAAAAAUUAUGCUGGAGGCUCCAGGGGUCCCUUGUUUUCUGCUCGGUCACUCCACUGGUGGAGCUGUUGUGUUAAAGGCAUCGCUGUAUGCUCAUAUUAGAGCCAGACUGGAAGGGAUCAUCCUGACUUCACCAGCUGUGCGUGUAAAACCAGCGCAUCCAAUAGUUGGGGCUGUGGCACCAAUAUUCUCUCUGAUAGCACCGAAGUUCCAAUUCAAGGGAGCCAACAAGCGGGGCAUCCCUGUCUCUCGCGACCCUGCUGCACUGCUAGCGAAAUACUCCGACCCGCUGGUGUACACCGGGCCGAUCAGGGUCCGGACAGGCCAUGAGAUACUGCGCAUUUCCUCCUUCCUGCUGCACAACCUGAAGAAAGUCACGGUCCCGUUCAUGGUCCUGCACGGGACUGCGGACCGCGUGACAGAUCCGUUGGCGUCUCAGGACCUCUACAACGAGGCCGCGUCCAGGCACAAGGACAUGAGGCUGUACGAGGGGUUCCUCCACGACCUGCUCUUCGAGCCCGAGCGCGAUGAGAUCGCAGCGGACAUCAUCGAGUGGAUGGACCGAACGCUCGCGCUGCAAUCUGUGUAAAGAUUAGUUUUCUGAAGAUGAGGGUGAAGAUAAAAUCAUGUGGUGAUUACUCAGAUCACGGCCAUGGGAUUGCAGUCGUGGGCUCAUGGCAUGAUGGCUUUGAUCUCAUUCUUGAUGCAUGAUGGUAUUUUCUGAGAUUGAUCUGCUGUUGGAUGUUGUGAUCCUCAUCUCACAUGCUGCCGUUGCAGGCCAAUGAAAUGGAAAAGUUAGUGAUUUAUGCUUUGUAUAAAACUCUAUCUAUGAUGAUAAAUAAAGGGGCAAAAAAAGAAGAACGCGUACUGCUGGCCUGCAAA